CUCAUAACCCAUAACAUAACUCACCUUCAUUCCCAAAUCCCAACACUUUUGUUUCUAAUCACUCUAUCAUGGGAGAUUCAAAGAGUUUGAUACAUGAGUUACUUCAAGGAUUGGAGUUAGCAAGAAAGCUUAGAAUUUAUCUCAACGUAUCUUCUUCUUCUUCUUCCGUUCAUGAAACACGUGAAGUUUUGAUACAUAAAAUUAUAUCCACAUUCGAAAAGGCUCUUGAAAUUGUUAACCGUAAAGGACACGUUAAUGUGGCCGAAUCAUCACAACAGCAACAACAACAACAACAACAACAACACCCUUCUGUCUCAGGAGCACUUGCCAUAAGAAUGUUGGAUUCACCACCUUUAAGCUCUAGUCCACGAAGUGAAGACUCUGAUAGAGAUUUCAAGAACCGUGAUGAUCACAAUACUCCUAGAAAAAGAAACACUCUACCAAUUAGAUGGACAAAACAAAUUCGAGUUACACCAGGAAUAGCAGUGGAAGGUCCUCUUGAUGAUGGAUAUAGUUGGAGAAAAUAUGGCCAAAAAGACAUUCUUGGAGCCACACACCCUAGAGGUUAUUACAGAUGCACUCACAGAAACAUUCAAGGUUGUUUGGCAACAAAGCAAGUACAAAGAUCCGACGAAGAUCCAACCAUCUUCGAAAUCACUUACAAAGGAAACCACACAUGCACAAACGGAAGCACUUCCAAUGUGACUGUUCCAAUUCCAACCAUGAACCCAAAUGAAUAUCAAGAAACAAAUGUAAACACAAACCAACAACUAACGAACCUGCGAACAGGUCUAAGAGUCCAGACAGAGAAUCUAGAUUUCCUCGACCAACCAUUUGCUCCACUAAUCCAUUUCCAUUCAAGCCACGUACUUGAAAGUAGCUUUGCUGAAAACUUCAACUCUCCUGCAACUUCUGGAAUGAGUCACUUCUCGAUGUCGCCGCCGAGUGUGUUCCCGAAUAUGGCGAGUGAGAUUGUUCCAUCAGCUACUUCUGUUGCAAAUACGCCAACCACUGAUUUAGAUUUUCCGUUUCAACAGUUUCAAUUCGACGGAGAGAACUUCACAUUCGAUAACUCGCAGUUUUUCCCUUGAACUAUAUGGGAAGAAACUGAUUAAUAAUUUAAUAACAAAAAUAAAAAAAUUAGAACUAUAUAUGUCCAAGUUUCAUGGAGUUUUACUUUAUCGUUAUGGAAAUGUCCAACUUUCAUGUAGGUUUAUUUUUAUUUUUUUUACAUGUUGUGUCCUCAUUUUCCUUUUUUUUUUUUUUUUUUUUAAUUUUAAGAAGUAGAGUUUAGCUUGACUUAUAAAGAGGUAGUGUUUCCACGAUGUAAACUAA